UACAAGUGCUCCGCUUGAUAAAAAACUUAAAAACUACAACAUUAGAGAAGGAAACCAAACCGUUGAAAUAAAAUUAAAUCUUAGCUAAUUUACUUGCACUUGUUAUUGUGAAAGAUCUAAGAAUAGUUCAUAAAUAUCAAUGUUAAAGCAGAUACUUUAAAUUUGCGAAUUUAAAUAGUUACCCAGAACUCAGACUCAGUUAUAGACAAUAGAUCGUCGUUUCGAUAUCUGACUUGUACUUGUCGAACUUAAGCGCCCGCAGUAAUAGAAAUAAAUCACCGUUUUAAUAAACGGUUUAUGUUUGUCAGAUUGUAUAACCUUGUGCAAUUAUUGCACUUUCAGAUCUGGGUUGCAUAGUUUUAUCGGGGCGUAGUUAUUUCCGUAGCUGUUAAAUCAGCUUUAUUAAUAUUCCGGCUGGAGAAGUAUCUUCUCGAUUUUCAUUCGUAUGAGGCCUGAAAAUUUAACAGAAAAAACAUCCCAACACACUAGCGCACAAAACGACAGAUUCGGUGACCAGCAGAAUCGCAACGAGCAUCACAAUCACAUCAAUAGCAGCUCAAAGAGCAAUAACAACAGCCCGAAACUUCACCCUAUGAUGGCUGUACAAAUCAAACCAUCGCCUGUCGGGAUUCUAAUCCUAUGCAUAUCUUUCGUCAUCCUCAUUUAUUACAUGUUCAGAUCUACAGACGUGAGCACCACUAGUUCCAUCAGCAUCCGAGAACUGAUCUCGGCAUCCAUAGAUGUGGCAGAGAGAGGAGGGCGAGAGGUAGUUGCUGUGAAGAAAGAACACGAGGAACAUCAGAAGAGCAAAGGGGAGACAAAGGAGGGCGCCAAUGAUCCAGUCACUGACGGGGAUUUCAGAUCACAUGUCAAGAUUACAAGUGCACUCAGAAAAACAUUUCCAUAUCUAAAUCUGGUUUCGGAAGAGCACGACCAAGGUGAUCUGGACCUGACAAAAGUACAGUCUCCUAAUUUACACAUCCAAGAGGUCACUGACCACACUAACUUCGAUGAAAUUGUGCCUGUUGAGGAACUGACAGUCUGGGUGGACCCCCUAGAUGCCACACAGGAAUACACUGAGAACCUGUUGCACUACGUGACAGUGAUGGUGUGCAUAGCGAGGAAGGGAGUCCCCAUAGCAGGCGUCAUUCACAAGCCAUUCGAACAGAAGUCAUACUGGGCCUAUGCUGGCAGUGGUCUGUCUCCGAUCCUUAUCAAACAGGAGCCAAAAGACGCCUCCAAGAAGAAUGUCAUAGUGUCCAGAUCACAUGCAGGAUCAGUCAAGGAAAUUGUCCAGAGUCGCCUGGAAAAUACAGACGUCAUUCCCGCCGGAGGCGCUGGCUACAAGGUGCUGUCGCUGUUCGAAGGUGUUGCCAAUGCAUAUGUGCACACUACCCUCAUCAAGAAGUGGGACAUUUGUGCGGGUAAUGCACUCUUGUCCGCCAUGGGAGGCAAAAUGACGACUUUGAAGGGUGAGCAAAUAAAUUACGAUUACAAAGACAGUGCGAGGAACGAAGGUGGUCUCCUGGCUUCUCUCUCAGGAAAAGACCAUGAGCAAUUUCUCACAGCACUCCAAGGAGCCAUGGAUAGCUAGAGCUACGUCAUCGUGCAACAGAAACAGAUAAAUUCAUCAUGUAUUGUAGGUGUGCGUGCAAUAAUCUGCUGAAGCAUUAAACACAUGUAGCAAUAGAUCGAAAAUAGUGUCCAGACUUUUUUCCAGACUUUUAGCAAUUCU